AUGUUCAUUAGAAGGGUACAGGGAAGAAUUGUUAUUGUUCUGGUAUAUGUGGAUGAUAUAAUCCUUACAGGGCCUAGACUAGGUGAUUUGGAGUCAGUAAAAGGUUUCCUGAAGAGGGAUUUCAAGAUAAAGGAUUUGGGAAGUUUGAAAUACUUCCUAGGAUUGGAAGUAACAAGAAACAGAAGUGGGAUAUCUGUUUCCCAAAGAAAGUACUGCAUGGAUUUAAUUGCUGAAACAGGUUAUUUAGAUGCUAAGAGCUGUAAAAGCCCUAUUGAUUGCAAAGUAAAACUGAGUGCAGGAGAAGGAAAGCUACUAGAAAAUCCAGGCAUUUACAAAAGACUUGUAGGCAGGCUGCAUUACUUGACAGUAACCAGACCUGACAUUGCAUUUCCAGUCCAGCAAUUGUGUCAAUACGAAAGAGAACCAAGAGACACACACCUUCAAGCAGCCUAUAGAGUGAUCAGAUACUUGAAGGGAGCACCAGGUCAAGGGUUGCACUUUAAGGCUAAUUCAGAUUUGGUUUUAAAAGCUUAUAGUGAUGCUGAUUGGGCAGCAUGCCCUGACACUAGAAGGUCAAUUUCAGGCUAUUGUACCUUUCUAGGGAGCUCCUUGAUAACAUGGAAGGCAAAGAAGCAGACCACUGUAUCCAGAUCUUCUUCAGAGGCUGAGUAUAGGGCACUUGCCCACCUGAUUUGUGAAAUUCAGUGGCUUAAAGGACUGCUUGUAGAGCUAGAUGUUAAGGUACAGACUCCAGUACUUGUUUAUUGUGAUAACAUGUCUGCAAUUCAAAUUGCAGAGAACCCAGUGUAUCACGAAAGGACUAAACAUGUUGAGAUAUAUGUCCAUGUGACUAGGGAAAGAGUGAAAUCUGGUCUCAUUAACUUGAAGUUUGUCAGAAGUGAAGAACAACUAGCUGACUUGUUUACCAAGGGUCUGAGCAGGUUUAGAUUGAACUAUUUGCUUGACAAGUUGGACGUAUUAAAUGUAUACGCGCCAACUUGUGGGGGCGUGACAAGAUUCAAGGGAUUGAUUGAUCUCAAUUCAGAAGAAGAGGCUGCUCAGAUCAGUAAAGGAAAGCAGAAGAUGGAGGUUCAUAUGAUUGAAGAACUAUGGAGCUGA